AACUAUGUGCACUUCCGGUUUGGUAAGACCGGUGUGUGUUUUCGACGGACUCAUGAUGACUUCCUGUUAUUGGACGCUUUGCUAACGAAAACACGAACGCGUGUUCAUUUCUCUCUCAAUUUUCCUUUAAAAAGUGAAUCUUGAACUCUAGUUUGUAGCUUAGUUUUGUUGAGAGUCCAGAUUGGUGAGUAGCGAUGCCCAAGUCGGACCGGUCGAGCUCUGACGGCGGCGCGGAGCCUCGCAGUCCCCGGGCCCGCAGACCGCGGACUCGGUCCCGGUCCCGGAGCCGACACCGCAGCGUCAGCCGCGAGAGGAGCCUGUCUCCGUACAGCUUCGGGCCCAAACUUCCGAAGCCCAGGAACCGGGAGAAGGAACACGAAGAGCGGGACCGCCGGUUCAAAGAGGCUAGAAACAUCCGAAGGAUUCGCAUAGGGAGCAGGUCCCGGUCCAGAGAGAGACACAACAACAACAACCCGAUCACCAACAACAACAGCCACAGCGGGCACUGGUCCGAGCAGAGGGAAGCACCGGGGAAACACGGCGGCUUCAAAGAAGAUUAUUACUACGAGGAGCAGAGGGACGACGCGCAGAGACAGAGACAAGACGCCUUUAUUGCCAGGCGUCUGCAAGAGAGAGAGAAGAUCGGUGAGUCGGGUUGUCCUGAAGUUUGGGGAUAUUCACCGAGAGUAAAAGAGCCAGACUCUGAUGAAUUCACUCCAGUCGAAGACGAGAAAAACAGCAGUUCAGAAUCCAGCUCAGAAGACGAUAAGAAAAAGAAAAAAAAGAAGAAGAAAUCCAAGAAAAAGAAGAACAAAAAGCACUCUGAAGACAGCGAGCUGGAGUCAGAUUCAGAUGAAGAAAUAAAGAAAAAGAAAUCCAAGAAAAAGAAGAGCAAGAAGUCAAAGAAGUCCAAGAAGAAGAAGGAGAAGGAGAAGAAGAAGACCCGCAAGGAGUCCAGCCACACCGGCAGUGAGCAGUCAGAGGAGGAGGAGGAGGAGGAAGAGGAGGAUCCCAACGCGGUGCUGUGGGUGGAGAAAACCUGCAUCGACGAACACAUGGUCGGCCCCGAAGCCCCCCUCUCUCAGCUGGAGCAGGACGACAAACCUUUAGAUUUUGGUCAUGCGCUGUUGCCGGGUGAAGGUGCUGCGAUGGCAGAGUACGUGAAAGCAGGCAAACGUAUCCCGAGAAGAGGAGAGAUCGGUCUCACCAGCUGCGAGAUCGCAGAUUUUGAGAAGUCUGGCUACGUGAUGAGUGGCAGCAGACAUCGCCGUAUGGAGGCUGUGCGUCUGAGAAAGGAAAACCAGAUCUACAGUGCCGACGAGAAGCGAGCGCUGGCGUCCUUCAACCAGGAGGAGAGGAGGAAGAGGGAGAGCAAGAUCCUGUCCAGCUUCAGGGAGAUGGUGUACAGGAAGACCAAAGGCAAGGAGGAGAAGUGAACAUCACAUCUGUUUUUUAUACCUUUACUUUUAUCUUGAGGUAUUAUUCUUGUGUUUCGGGAGAAUAACCCCAUUCAGUUUGAGUUAAAUGUGCAGUUUUGAGGAAGGUUUUUAACUGUAAAGAUAAGUUUGUAACUGAGACUUUGAGAAGUACUUUGUCGUAUUAUAUUCUCCAUCCCAUGUAUUCACUGGAAAGUGUCUUCCCUUUUAAUUAAAUCUUUAUUUUCUCUUGUAAAUCAUUUGCGAAUCAUCCUGAUCAGAACAUUCAAUAAAAUGUCAGUCAAGUUUUGGUUUUCACA